AUGGCUAUCUUCAAAUAUUUUGCGGUCAUAUUAGCGUUUAGCGCGAGCGUUUCUGCGAUUAUUGGACCAUCGAACGGAACAAAAUCAACAGUAUCAAAGACUGAUACGUAUUUAGACGCUUAUUCCAAAUCUCGCAUUGAAGCAGAGAAGGCGAAACAAGGUGUUGUGAUAAUAACAGCUAAAGAUGGUGAGAAAAAGAUAUCAAACCGUGACGACAGUUACCAGUCUGGAUAUGAUUACUCGCCGCCGUUUUCAAGUGACAGCAGUUUCAGUUCUUCUGCAUCAUCUGGCUACUCCGGCCCUUCCGCGUCCAACAGCUACUCUCCUUCGCCUAGUUAUGGAUCUCCAGUGAAGUUUGAACCAGAAAUUACUUACAAUGCUCCUCCAAACACGUACGGUCCACCUGCGCCAACUUAUGGACCUCCGGCACAUAGUUACGGGCCCCCGGCUCCGGCUUAUGGGCCUCCAGCUCAAACAUAUGGACCUCCAGCGCAAAGUUACGGGCCACCGAUUCACAAGCCCUUGCCGCCACCACCAAUAUACGGCCCGCCCCUAAAGCCAUCUUACGGAGUUCCUUACACAGCACCUGCAUUAGGAUUUUUAGACAAACUGGCUUUCAAACUAGACAUUUUGACUAUUGCGAAGUUGCUGCUGAAAUUUUUGAUAUUCAAGAAACUUGUGACUAUGCUCGCUGUGGUUUGUAUGUUACUGGUGAUUCCGAAGCUUAUUUCAUUCAAGAAAAGCCCCGCUGACGUUGGCGGCACUGACGAGGACGAACGAAGCUUUGGUGACAAUAAAAUGGUGGAGUUGACAUCAGUGCAACAGUUGGUGGAGCGAGCCAUCACCGUGUACGGGCGGCAACAGGCGAACUGUAGCGUCACGUGUCGCGUGCGCAGAGUGGUCGACGAUAUUUACGAAUUUCAACCCUAUUUCAGGGGACAAUCUUCAUAG